CGGAAGGUUUCCUAAAUAGUCAAACGAAACGGACUGCAUAAUCCUCCUCGUUGGGUGGCGCUAUUUGUAUGGAGCCAUCGUUGACAGUUUUGACACAACGUACAUGUACGUGACGUGAGUGGGUAGAACUCGAAAGGAAUAUAAAGUAGCACGCUUGACAACGCGCACGCUGACAUUGGGCAACUAAACUCCCAUGCCGAUUCAAAGGAGCCAUUCGUCAGCAUCAGUCACAUCCAGGGACGAGGGUUCCCCCGAGUCUGUUCAUACCCGUCAAGUUGAUUAGAACUUCACCUCAGCAUCAACAACAGUUUAGCACCUCAUAUCCCUGGUGAUCAUUCGUACCUUUUAUGUAGCGGGAAGGAGAUUUUGACACCCCGGGAGAACGGUUCAUGACUUGUCGAGUUGUGUCUGCUACCUAUUUGAAAGCACCGCGAUUUGUCUCCGAUUCGUAUACCACUCCAGUUAGCAGGUUGUGCGCGGCUAGCCUUGUUUAGGAGUUGCUCGACUUUCCUGCCAGCUUUUCACAUUCUUAUAAGCCUACUCUUCAAUCAGAAGUUAUAAAUAACUGCUCUUGCGAAUGGAGGGGAAAAUGAUUACUGAAACUUGAUACUGUCGCACCGUCAGGGGAUGUCUGGACAACAAUUGUGAAUUCGUCGACAUCAUUGCAGUUGCUUUUGAGGGUAAUCCUUUUUUGGGGCCGCCACAUGUGGCUAGGUAGAUCACAGUAGAUUGAACUUUAUAAUAUUGUUCAAGUCACGGUGGGACUGCGACAUUAUAACGCCUUGGGUAUAAUAAAGGUGCGUGAACCUGCUUGCAGACGCCGUAUUGUUGCAGAAUGUGAUAGCGGGAGAGAUUCAAAGAAUGUCCUCCUUUGAAACAUUAUUGAUUUUUUUCUACCAUGAGAUUCAGCGAUGUGUGUUGAUGAGGUCUGAACACAAUGUACGGUGAUGAGCCUCAUCAAUGUUUAAUUUGAGAGCAAUAACAGCGCCAACGCACACGCCUGUGUUGACUUAAACUGCACGUACCAAAGGGGCAACCAAAGAUAGGUCUCAUUAUUGAACGCAAGAUUCUGACUGAGGCUUAAGUCUGCCUCUGUUGACGUUCAACUGAUCAAGUUAAAUGUUGGAUGACCUAAAACCACAGGAAAUACAGCUUUUCACUUAUGUGUGAUUGUGACUGGUUUUUUUUCAUCGAGUGGGAAAUUCAGAGUCGUCGUUGGAUGAACUAGAUGUUCUCUCCUGAGAGUGAGGAAUGAUGUGCGGUAAUUUCGAAGAUGCAAAGAAGUCCAUGAGAUACGGAUUGUGCUCCUCGUGCUUUCUGUUGUCAAAGACGAAAACGAUGACAUUCAAGACAGUCAGCAUUCUCUUGGCGAUUGUGUUUGUGACGUCAUCAGGGGCACUGAACACUCAUCGGAGAAUCCGUGAGAAACGUGGUCUGAUGAGCAGACCGCCCGUUCUUUCCUACUGGGGUAACUGGGAAUCAUGGUCGGCCUGCUCAAGGACGUGUGGGGGCGGUGUUGCAGCACAGUCCAGAGUGUGUCUGAUGAGAAACGGAGGAGGGGAGUUAAGAGAAAGCACACACUGUGUGGGACUUUACAAGCAAUAUAAACUGUGCAAUCCAGAGCCAUGUCCAGACGACAAAGACUUCAGGCAGGAACAAUGUGGAAGUCACAACAAUGUUCCGUUUAUGGGAAAGCUUUACCAGUGGAAAUCUAUAGAAAAAGAACCUAAUUUAUGCGAGCUCAACUGCAAAGCUGUUGGGUCCCGUUUCUUUGCCAAACUAGCAGAUAAAGUGGUGGAUGGCACACCUUGCAGGAAUUCAUCACGAACAGACAUCUGUGUGGAUGGCAUGUGCAAGGCAAUAGGCUGUGAUGGCAUCCUCGGAUCCGGCCUCAAGUUGGACAAGUGCGGCGUGUGCGGGGGCACCAACACCCAGUGUGAGGUGAUGUCGGGUGUCUUCACGGGCCAGGACAUGGGACACGGCUACCACAGGAUCACCACCAUACCCACAGGAGCUAUGUACAUCAACAUCACUGAGCUGACCAAGAGCAGGAACUACUUGGCUCUUGAAGGUGUCAAUGGAAACAAAUACAUCAACAUGGACUGGAAAAUUGAUGCUCCUGGCAACUACUCUGUAGCUGGGACGUAUUUUAUUUACAAAAGAACACCUGGUAGAACAGGAGUUGGUGAACAGUUGUUUGCUGAUGGGCCUACGACGGAAGAUCUUAAUUUGAUUCUGAUAAACCAACAGAAAAAUCCGGGAAUCUCUUACGAGUACUCUGUGCCUAAGGAGGUGCCCAGCGGUGGGGUAGAGAAACCCCCAGGGUCCAGCAUACCCCAGCCCUCUGUGGCGCCAGUGAGGGGCCAGGUUAUCAUCAGGCCGGAGGCCCCGCCUUCCAGGUCUCAGGUUGCAGACCUGUUCUCUGACCUAAGAUUGGGGUAA